GAGCGGCCCUGGGGGCGGGAGGAGGUGGUUGAGGAGCAGAGCAGAGCGGCCCUGGGGGCGGGAGGAGGUGGUUGAGGCGCGGAGCAGAGCGGCCCUGGGGAGGGAGGAGCAGCGGGAAGGUGAAGUGCGGAGCGGCUGGAGUACUACAGCAGCAGCAGCUCGGGCGAUUGACAGCUGAGCCCGGGAGCAAGCGGCCAGUCGGUGCUUCAUUCGGGUGCAGGCAGCGACCAUGAAGCUGAAGCAGCUGGAAAGUUUGCUGCAGCGAGUUGAGGGGUUUGAGAGACCAAAGCUGCUGUUAGAGCAAUAUCCUACCAGCCCCCAUAUCGCAGCAUGUAUGCUUUAUACAAUACACACAACAUUCGAUGACAUUGAGAAUAAACUGGUUGCUGAUCUUGGGUGCGGAUGUGGAGUUCUAAGUAUUGGAGCAGCCAUGCUGAAUGCAGGAUUAUGUCUAGGAGUUGAUAUUGAUGAAGAUGCUCUUGGUAUAUUUAACAGAAAUGCAGAGGAAUUUGAGUUGGCCAAUGUCGAUAUGGUUCAGUAUGAUGUUUGUUCUAAACAAACUGACAACUUAUCUAAAAAAUUUGACACUGUAAUAAUGAAUCCACCCUUUGGGACUAAGCACAAUAAAGGUAUGGACAUGAUAUUUCUUAAAUCUGCUCUAGAUAUGGCCAGAACAGCUGUGUAUUCCCUUCAUAAAACAGCAACUAGAGAACAUAUUAACAAGAAGGCUGAUGAAUGGAAAGUAACGAUGGAAGUAAUUGCUGAGCUUCGGUAUGACCUACCAGCAACAUACAAGUUUCACAAGAGGAAAUCAAUUGACAUUGAAGUGGACUUCAUCCGGUUCUCAGCUAAAUAAAUUCCAUCCUCCAAGACAUUCAGCAGAACCAAUGUUGAGGCUGUCAGAAUUACACAGUGAAAACUCCUUGGAAGCCGCACAUUGUCAACUUGUUCGGUUUAUAGGCCACAAGCAAUUUCAUUGAUCACCAAAUUCAUUUUCAGUUUUUGAUUGUUUUGCUGCAGGUUCCUCCCCCGAUCCAAUUUCUUCAAGAGCUCGCUUCUUCGGACUUGUAGCAGCUACAUUACAUCAAACAGUUUGGUUAGUUUAAAACAGAUUUUCAGUACAAAGCAAUCAUACAAAACUAAGCUGACACCUUGAUUUUAAAAUCCUGAGCUUAUAAAAUAUAUGUCCAAAUCUAAUAAUCAACCACCCAACCAUCUCUAGAUUUAAUCAAUGUUGUUCUAAUAAAAACUGGGGUUUCCCCUCACUUAAGUACAGGAACAUAUUAUAUUCACAGCAAUGAUAGAUGGUAUAUGUACCAAGUGAAACUUUCCAUGUAAAAUAAACUACAUUUUUUAUUAUGCGAGGUAAUACUCAAUCAAAAAUACUGACGGAAACAGACAUUUGUUUUCCCUGGUUUGUAAAGAUUUGGACUGAAGGAAAGCUGUAAUAUUUAACAGAUGACUAAAAGACAACAUUCUUGCCCAACCUGUCACAGGCUCUUUAGUUGGCAGUAAACAAUUCACAGGGCUCUCACUUAACCUUUUUUCCCCUGUUGCCAGACGGGCAACCUAGGCAGCUUUUUAGGUUUUUUGGAUAUAUCUUUGGUAUAAACCAGUAUCUGCCGUGCCAAGCGGGGCAAAAAUGACACGGCAUUUAGGUUGCCAGGCGGCAUUUUAGGUGGCCAUUGGCACCCGGGCAACCGCUAAUUUUGAGUCCCGAUUCAACUAGUGAGAUGUGGAUAUAUUGAAACCCAAUGAUUAUCUGAGAUAUUAUUUUGUUAGCUUGCAAUGCAGUCCUUACUCUGGCAUUGAUAUAAUGGAAUUUCUACCUGUAACUAACUACUUUCAAAGUUUAGACAAGUGGAUUACCACAUGACUAUUUCCAAUUGUUGGUUUUCCCCAUAUCUACAAUGCAAGUCUACCAACUUACUGGUUUCUUCCUGUAUUCCAUCGCUGUCUUCAUCCUCAAAUGUUGUCUUCUUCCCUUGGAACUGCACUCUUUGCGGUCCACCGCCUCCCUUGCCUCCUCUUCCUUUACCUCGACCUCUUCGAGCUAUGAGUGGAUAAGAUGUGUGUUUUUUUUUUAAAUAAAGAAAUAAAUACUGGAGAUGACAAUCCAGUUACAAACAAG